AUGGCCGCCCCCGCCGCCCGGAGGAUAGUCGGCGCUGAGGUUCCCAUACCCGGCUCGGACAAGCUGCGGUGGAUCGACCUCACCAUCCCCUCCUCCUCCGCCGCGCCGGCGAGCCCCUCCGAUCCCUUCGUCCUCGUGCCCCCACGCGCCGCCUCAGGGUGCCACAUCAUUCCUUCCGGCGAUUCUCAGUAUUACCUCUCGUGGAGGAUUCACGAGGAACACCCAAAUGUGCUAGAGGUCAUCGAGCUUAGUGCCUCCAAGGAGUUCCCUAGCUUUGGGUUGCGGUUGGUCUUCCAGGAGGCGCUAUGUCCAUUUGCAUUUUUAUGUGAAAAAGAGGGUCGCAGGCAAGGGGAGCUUGUAUAUAUGCUAUAUGUGCUUACCAUUUCUGGAGUUGCUCUCUUGUGCCACUUACGCAGUCCAUUUUCCUACGUAUCUGGUUCAGUGAUGCAUCAGGAUGAUAUAGUUGAGUUUAGUCUCCAAACUCAAGCUCAGAGUGCAAAGGUUACAGCGGUAACAGCGAAGCCAGGAUGUAUAGUGAUUGGUCGACAAGAUGGGUCCAUCUGUUCUAACAGUCUUGGCAAAUUAGCCCCGAACUCACCAGGUUUCUCGAAUGAACUACGAGAUGAUGCUGGGAUUGGACGUUUAUGGACUCUCGUGUCAAGAACAAAGACUGUGGGUCCUGUGCAGGAUAUAGUGGCAACUGUUGUAAAUGAAAGGGACCUGUUAUUUGUUCUUCAUUUGGAUGGACACUUGCGCAUAUGGGAUAAUCACAUGAAACUUCUCAACUAUAAUGUUCACUCAAAUGAUAUGGAAGGUCAUCCGUCCAGGCUAUGGGUUGGUGAGGCUGAUGAUGAUCAAGAGUUGAUAUCCUUGGCAAUUCUGCAUCAGAACACUGUGGUUCAAGAUUGUGAUUAUGUUGCUGUGUAUGGCUUCAGUUUUUCUGCUGCGGAAAGGUUCAUGUUCUCUUCUGAACCUUCAAUUUCUACUAUACCUUUGCUAGAGGGGAAGCUUGUGGACUUGAAAAUAGCCACGGAUAAGCUUUGGAUACUUAAAGAAUUUGGCUCCAUGCUAUAUGAAAUAUUGCAGUAUGACACCGAAACUGAGAAGAUUUGCUGUUAUGUGCUACAAGAAGAUGCUAUCAGUGAACUGUUGUUUCAAAGUUCUGACAAUGCAUUGGAUGAUUUGGUCUGGACAGCUGAUUCAAUGUUCUCCUCCUUGAAGGAGCAGGCUUUCACUUUUAUUUCAUCCAUGUUUCUGCGGAGGCUACUUCAACCAGGAGUAAACCACUGUUCUGCCCUGCGUGAAACCUUAUUAGAGCACAAAAGGUUCCUGUCGGAUUCUGAGUUCCAGUCACUUACAGCAAAUGGGCUACGAAAAGAGAUAUUAUCUAUUAUAGAACAAGAGGGAAGUUCACAGACAGCAAGCGCUACAGCUUAUCACUGGAAACAAUUCUCUGCACGGUACCUCCACAAUUGGUGCUGGAACAAUAAGCCAUAUGGGUUGCUUCUUGAUACUAAAAAUGAAGUGUUUGGUUUAAUAAGAAAGGGUUCAUUUUCUCUAUUCCGUUGUUUGGAGGGUGUGGAAAUGCUUAUUUAUGGUUCAUCUGAUGAAUUGCGCAAUAUUGAUGACCUUGGGAUGAACUUAUUGGAUGACAUAUCUGAUUUUGAACUCCUCAAUGAGGUCCUCAGAUGCAUGGGCCAUAUACACCAUUUACUGGGGAGAUCUUCCAUAGCAGUAUACUACGAAUCCCUAAUUAGUUCUAUUAUAUCGUCUGAUGAAGUUGCUUCACAUAUAGUAAAGAUUCUAGAGACGGGUUUUAGUCCUCAAUCAUCCUCAUCCCUCAUUGCAUUACUUGGAACGGAUACUUAUGUAGAAAGAAGGCAGGCAGCUCACAAAAGUCAAAGGAAGUUUUCUGUUGAGAUGUUACUAUCUUUUCAAAAGUUGCAAUCAAGAUCCGCAUCCUGGUCGGCAGUAUUCGAUGUGAUCGAGAAGUUUAUGAAGUGUUUGAACACAAACAUGAGCGUCCAAGAGUAUGGAUCAAAGAGAGUUUGUAAUGUAAAUUCUGUGUUACUAGUUCAAGCUACUUCACAGGUUGCAAGAACAAUGUUUGAGUGUGCAUUUGAUCUGUUUCUGUUCCUUAGUUAUCUGGUUGGUGUUGGUGGCCAGGUAAAGCAGAUGAACUGUCUUUGCACAGAAAGCUUGGCUGCUCUGAUUUUACAUUGGCUUGUUUACUUGACUUUCCAAAAUCUCCUGAAGGGGACGUUAUGUCACCUUGUUUUCCCAGUCCGCGGAAGUAAUCAAUCUACUGUUCUCAUCCGACAUGGUCAGUAUGAAGCUGCUCAGAAUCUGCUGGGAAUUCUGGAAACAUACUUGAACAAUGGAAAAGUAUCCCAUACUGGUCAAGAUGCAGAUACUGCAUGUUCAGCAUACCUUCAUCUCAAUGGAUUUUGCCUUCUGAUGCUUGCACAUGAUGAAGCAAAUAUUAUUUUGAGAGAAUCCAAGGUUCAUGAUGCUAUCCGAUGCUUUUUCAGGGCUGCAUCCGGGUAUGAAGCUCCAAAGGCUUUGCAGAACUUUUCAAUGGAAACAGGGUUUCAAGUUUCUGGGGAAUCUAGAUCUAUUCCUCUGUGGAGACUUAACUACUAUGAGUGGGCAAUGCAAAUUUUUGAGCAACACUCCAUGAGCGAGGGGGCAUGCCAAUUUGCUCUUGCUGCUCUUGAACUAGUUGAUAUUAUUGACGGUUUAGAUAAUGGAAUUGAAGCUGAGGGUCUUCCAGAGACCGCAGCAAUGAUUAAAGGACGACUUUGGGCUAAUGUAUUCAAGUACAGCUUGGAUUUGAAAAACUUUCGAGAUGCAUAUUGCGCGAUCGUCUCAAACCCAGAUGAUGAUAGCAAAUACAUCUGUUUGAGGCGUUUCAUCAUAGUUCUUUGUGAUCUUGGGGAGACAAAGGUUCUUUGCAGUGGAGAAAUUCCAUUCACUGACUUGGUAGAGAAAGUGGAGCAAGAGCUCUUCUGGAAGGCUGAACGCUCAGAUCUGUCGUCUAGACCAAAUCUCUAUAAGGUUCUUUAUUCAUUUGAAGCACAUAGGAACAAAUGGAGGAAAGCAGCUUCAUACAUGUACAGGUACUUUGUUAGAUUGAAUAGAGAAGGUAAUGCAGGUGGCACCCACCAACUUCCUCACGUGUUGCAAGAGAGGUUGCAUGCUUUAUCUGCUGCUAUCAACGCAUUGCACCUUGUUGAUCCCUCAUUUGCAUGGCUCGACUCUAUUUGCGAAGCUGAUGAUCAAAUUUCUCCAAGUAAAAGACCUCGGAAUCUUUUGAUGGAGAACUCGGCUUUUGGCACAGAUUCUGAGCUCUCUAGAUUACAAUUUUGUGUUGACAUUGAAAUCCUUGAAAAAGAAUACAUAUUAACAGAAGCACAGUAUAUGCUCAGCUCUCGGAAAUCAAUAUUUGAUUUUUCAGAAAGCCAAUCAAUUGAGUCCCUGAUCGAUAUUCUUAUAAAUGAGAAAUUGUAUGACUUGGCCUUCACAAUUGUGCUCAAAUUUUGGAAGGAGUCAGGAAUGAAAAAGCAAUUGGAGCAUGUCUUUUCAGUCAUUGCUCAGCAAUGCUGCCCGAACAGAGCAGACAACAAAUCAAGGAGAAGUUUGACUGGCAGUCAACAAGUGCCACUGCUGCCUUCUUCUGAGAACGAUGCAUGGGAGAUCAACAAUAAGAGUAUUCCUGUGACCCAACAACUGCAGGGGAGCAACCACUGGGAAACCCUUGGACUAUAUUUGGAUAAAUACAAAGAUCUGCAUCCUAGGUUGCCAGUCAUUGUUGCUGAGACGCUUCUUUAUACUGAUCCCGAGAUUGAGCUACCACUUUGGUUGGUUCAGAUGUUCAAGACUAACAAGGCAGGGAACAAGAUCUCGUGGGGCAUGUCUGGGAAAGAGGCAGAUCCUGCCGCCUUAUUCAGACUAUACAUAAACUACGGACGCCAUGCAGAAGCCACCAACUUGCUGGUGGAGUAUUUAGAGUCGUUCGCAUCAUCGAGGCCAGCGGACCUUCUCCACCGCAAGAAGAUGUCCGCCGCUUGGUUCCCGUACACGGCCGUGGAGAGGCUGUGGUGCCAACUGGGUGACAUGCAACGCGCCGGCCACAGCGUGGAUCAGUGCGACCGGCUCAAAAAGCUGCUGCACGGAGCCCUGAUGAGCCACCUACAGCAGGUUGUGGUCGACUCGGAUGACGUGCUGUCGUCAGUUGGAGAUGGGCAGGGGAUGGAGGGCCAGAGCAGCUGA